AUGGCGAUCGCGUGGAAGCAGCACAUCCAAAACGCCAACUGGCCCAUGGUCUUCUACCUCACCUUUUGCCACGCGCUCGCGCUCGUCGGGCUUGUCGCGAUCCCGCAGUGCUCGUGGCAGACGCUCGCGUUCACCUUCGUGCUGGCCGAGCUCUCGGGCCUCGGCAUCACGGGCGGCGCCCACCGGCUGUGGAGCCACCGCGCGUUCAAGGCGCAUUGGACGGUCCGCGUCUUCCUCAUGCUCUGCAACAUGGUCGCCAACCAGGGCACCGUGUACCACUGGAGCCGCGACCACCGCGUGCACCACAAGUACUCGGAGUCGGAGGCCGACCCGCACAACGCGCUCCGCGGCAUGUUCUUCGCCCACAUUGGCUGGCUCCUCAUGGCCAUCAACCCGUGGGGCAACCUCUUCAUGAGCUUUGGCUUCCCGAUGCUCGUGUGCCACUACUACUUUGGCGAGUCGCUCUGGAACGAGCUCAUGGUCGCCGGCUUCCUCCGCUACGUGCUCAUCCUCCACUGCACGCAAGGCUGCAAGAAGCUGCGUGGUCUGGGAUCGACCGAGAACGCGAUCGUUGCGCUCCUCGCGAUCGGCGAGGGCUGGCACAACUGGCACCACGUCUUCCCGUACGACUACGCCGCCAGCGAGUUUGGCAUCGCGUCGCAGUACAACCCGACCAAGCUCUUCAUUGACAUUUGCGCCUACGUCGGCCUCGUCACGAACCGGAAGCGCGCGCUCAAGGCGUGGGAGGCGCGGCGUGCGAAGCGCGAGACCGUCGACGCGUUCGACAUCCCGGACGGCUACGAGCUCAAGGAGGGCGAGUGCGAGGACGCGGCGCCCAAGGCCAAGGCCGCGUAA